AUGGCGUAAUAACAGUGUCGGAAUAUACGGUCUGUCUUAUUGACAAAACUGCAAGGAUUAUUCGAAUUUGAAAAGAGAGAAUACUUUUUUAUUUUAAAGAUAUUCAACAAAGUUUACAGACACAGAAGAGAGAGACGGCCUCUAGCAUCCACACACGGAAUCAACCAGACAUGUCGCCAGACCUAUUCGAUGAACUAAUGAUUCCCUGCAAACAUGUAAAUAAACUGUUGCCGUUCAGCUGACCAGCUCGUGUCGACGAACCGUAGUACACGAGACUCGCAAUAUGUGUGUAGCUACAUGCGCAGCUGUUUGUCCGAGAAUUCAAAGAUGAAUGUUCCACUGUACGGACUUCUUGGAGUUGCGACAGCUCUGCUUGUAUAUCUGAUCGGUAUUGGUAUAAUCGCUAAGCUGUCCAUUUGCCUGCUAGCCUUAAUUUUAGGAAUCGUUACAUGCGUAUAUAGAACCUAUGGCCCAAACCUUGACGAAGUGAUCGCCUCUGAAAGGGAAGAUUUAAACAAGAAGACUGAAAAGUUUCGGCAGUAUAUCCUAGAACUAUCGAAGGACAAGUUGAACUUAACAUUAGAUAAAAGAAUCACCGGUAGCCGUAUCAUCGACGACUCCCUGCAAGAAAUAUUAGAUUUCGUGAUCAGAGAUUACGUGAAACCAUGGUACAGCGUAAUCACCGACGACGAGGAGUUCAUAUGCUCUGUCCGGGACACUGCUCAAAAGAUAGCCAUCAAUAUCGCCAAUCGAGUGAAAGGCGUCGACUGGAUACCUUACUUAACAACUCGCCUCGUCGACGAUGCAGCCUCUCACGUGAGGUUGUACCGACAGGCGAGGGCGAGGAUGAAGCAUGUACGAACCAGGAAGCUACAAAAAGGUAGCGCGAGCUCCAGCACGUCGGGCGGGACUCCGAAGAGAACACCAACCCACAGGAGAAACAAAAGCGAGACGGACGUGUCCUGGUAUUCGCAGUCUAAGUUCUAUAUCCCAAACUUAUCGUCCCUCACGGAGCCGAUAGAGACCGAUGAGGAGAAGGAGGAUGAAUCUCUUGAAAAGAUCUUCUUUGACCUGGAAGUACAGAUGGAGAAGAACUUAAUUUGUAGGGACCUUGUGAGCACCAACACCACCCAGGAGUUGGAGUUCCUGGGGGAGAUAUCCGAGAUCCUCUUGUACUUGGUAUUACCAAAGGGUGACUUUGAUUGCCUCACCGUCAGGUUUAUAUUAAGAGAGUUGUUGGUAAACGUGAUUAUUAGACCGCUCUUGGAUUUAUUCUCUGACCCUGAUUACAUUAAUCAGGCGUGUAUAUGGCUGUGCGUUAAAGAGGCAGGAUUACCGAGCGAUGUGUUUUUAACGGUGAUCAGAGUGACCGAUAGCCUGGAUGAGCUAACGGCGACGAAGAACAUAGUCUGCAAAGAGAUCGCUCAUCUGCGAUCGAAGGAUUCUGGCGGGGAGGAUAAUUUAUCGGUGAAGCAGCAACUGAAUAGUUUACUGUACGUGAAGAAACUGUUAGAGACGAGAAUCAUCGGGAUGCAAGAAGGUUUGGAGGCGGAAAGCGACGGGAUCGGUGCCAGACCAGAGUGGAACAGACUGCUAAUGCCGGGUCAGAAACUGGUGAACCUGCCGUUGGACGAAUUGCUGAAGAACAACAUUGCGUUGAGUUAUUUCAUCGACUACAUGACUUCUAUAAACGCAGAAUCAUACUUGUAUUUCUAUUUGAACAUUUACGGCUGGAGGGUGUCCGCCGAACAGCAGAUAUCCGACAUAGAGUUGCAGAAGUUGCAUGCAGCUCAACAGGCGGGUUCCAGUUUCACAGGUGCAACGAGACGGAAGAACAUUGACUUGGAGAACCUGAAGGAGGCUGCUACGAAGAUCUAUCAACAAUACCUUAGCGACAAAGCAUCGCCGAAGUUGCAGCUGGAAGAUGGGUUGGUGAAGAUGCUGUUGCACAGAAUUCGAACAGAGUUUGUGAAGGAGACCUGGUUCGAUGAGCUGAGGCUUUGCUGCUACGAAAAGCUGAGGAACGAGGAUCGAUUUCUACCGGGUUUCAAGAGGUCGAUGGCGUACGUUAAGCUUCUCGCUGAGCUGGAUUUGUUGAAGGAUCCAACCUCGGAGGAGGAUUCAAAGUCUCUGGAUAGUAUCAGUUUGUCGAGCACGAACAACGAACUGGAGACCCUGGACGAAAUGUCGGAGAUGUACAAGUCUGAAGAGACGAAGACUGACUUCAGCGGCGGCAAAUCUGGUUCGACGACUAGUUUGGUCAGCAUGGCGGAAGCGAACGAGGCUAGACCACUGGAUGAAGUUGAUGCGGAGAUUAGCGGCGUCAGAGCCCCGAAAUCCGAGGACAAGGAUCUGUUCACCUUCUUCAUCGAGUCGAACGCGGAUCAAUUUGUUAAGCUCGAUGAGAACACCUACGAUCGGAACGCGAUCAAGAAGCUGCAGCAAGGUCGAUUCGAAAUCACUGCCAGGAUCAUAGAAACUGGAAUCGUGAACGAUCGUGGGAAAACUUAUGGCAUCUACGCGGUAGCUGUGACCAAGAGCUACGAUUCAGGGUACCAAGAGAAGUGGCAUAUCUACAGAAGGUACUCAGAUUUCCACGACUUAUACCAGAAGAUCAAGGAGAAGUACUACGAUCUAGCCAAGAUACCUUUCCCGGCGAAGAAAGCGUUUCACAAUAUGGAGAGGACGGUUCUCGAGAGACGGAUGCUGAUGCUGAACGCUUGGCUGCAUCAGUUGACCAAGCCAGCGAUAGUCGACGGUCACAUGGGACUUCAGAAUCUGUUGUUGAACUUCCUGGAGCAGGGGGACUACGAUAAAGGGGUGACCGGCGGUCAGAUAUCUCGAACGAUAGACAGUCUGAUGAACCCUCUGAAGACGUCCAUGAAGACCGUGACCCAGGCAGUAAAGACCAUGCCGGAUAACAUGUUGAAUACGGUAGACGGUGUAAUGGACAAUAUCAGUAAAUUCUUUGGCAACCCGAAAAAGCCUAGCGGUUUCUACGAGAGCACCAAAGUUGGCUCUGUUCUCGACACAGAGACCGACGACAAUAUUCCGUUGCGUAUAAUGUUGCUGCUGAUGGAUGAGAUCUUCGAUCUGAAGGUGAGAAAUCAAUGGCUCAGACGACGAAUCGUCACUCUGCUGAGACAGAUCAUUCGCACUAUGUUUGGAGACAUAGUGAAUCGGCGGAUAGUGGAGUACGUCUCCGUGUUAACUAGUCCAGCCAAAGUCGCAGGGUAUUUGAAGUUGUUCAAGAAUAGCUUCUGGCCCAACGGCGUUAAGGCAGAGAAAAAACCACCCCGCGACUCCGAGACUAAGGAUAGGACCAGGGUAGCCGCGAAGAUCGCUCUGCUGUCUUGUUUAUCCGACGAGCUGAAACAUAUCAUAGGUAGCGAGACGACUAGGCGCGGUCUUCUAAGGGUGUUCGAAUUGUUUCAGCGACCGGUGCUGAACAGAAGGCUGUUGUACGUGCUUCUGGAGGGGAUCGUCGAAACGCUAUUUCCAGAGAACAAUCUUCUAGAUAUUUUUCGGAAGCUGUACGCGGUUUCGCCUAGGGUGCAAAACAGAGUGCACACGAAGAAAUCUUAACGUCGAGAAUAAGCUACUCUUACGGAUAGAGAUCGUCAUCGUGAACAUUCUCUUAUUACGGUCAAAGAAUCUCGUAACUAUCUCAAGGUAGACACUUCUAUACACGUCGCACCUGUUCACCUCGUUAACCGGGCGAAUGAUCAAGCAAUUCAAUAGCAAAUAAUAAACAACAAGAUUCGGAGAUCUGACAACAUACCCGCAUACACACAUACGUACCUACAUGUCUUUCCCGGUUAACAGGUUAAUUUAUAUCUACAAGAUUUGUAAAUUAUGCAGCUUUGUUCGAAGUACAUAUUGUUACCUCCUUAUAAGUACACCGCUCCAGACUGGCAACGCGAUUAUAGAGAACAGUGCGGCGCCGUUUUGUUCCCACUGUCUCGCCAUUGGCUAGACUGAAGUGAGUCCCGCCUACCGUAGGCCAUAAGUCCCAUUAAUAGUGGGGGAUGGAUCGUGUUUAUAGGCAGGAAAUACUAUGUACAAUAUAUCUCUCUGUACAGUGUUCUCUUUCUCCCUCUGUCGAUUGUCAAAGAUCGCUAUGAUAUAACUUUGACAUACUGGCGUAUAUAGCAGAAAGAAGAACACGAUAAUUUAACUGGGAACAAAAUGAAAGUUGUAGACUUUCGCGGCGACACCUUACUAUAAUUUCUACAUGCAAAACAUGUAUAUUCGAUGAUAAGUAAGAAAGCAAUAUAGCGCUACCGAGCGGAGUUGAGGUCCGUAGUAUAUGUGCACAAGCUACGAUACCGAGGUGGACAUUGAUAUACACAAUUAGCGUCGAUGAUUUCUUGAUUCUACCGAACGGUUCUUCACGGAAGCGUCCGUUGAAAUUGUUCAAUGUUAGAUAGCACCUCUCCCACAAGUUUCAAGUUCGCUCGGGGCCAAGCUAUAAAUUCAGUGGCCAAAUAAUUUCUUUCGAUAUUACGUAGGACAACGUGAUAAACGACCUCUCGCGAUUACCUCGUAGGGAACAUCUUUUUAAGAACUAAGCAUUCCAUUCGCAUUUCACUAAUGUACUUGAUCAUUUAACUUCUGGGACGAUCCCUCGCUGUAUGUACACGCGCUAGGAGGCGGCAACACUUAUCCUAUACUUAAUUCGUCGUCGGGAUA